AUGCAGCCAGAAGGAGAAGCGGCCCAGAAAAAAUAUGAUCGCGAAGAUGAAGCAUAUUUCUCAUAUUACUCCAUGCUCACGCAUCAGGCACAAAUGCUGCAGGACUCUGUUCGGACGUCAGCAUACCAAAUGAGCAUCAUGCAGCAUGCGAAUCCCUUUUUUAUGAACAAGAUUGUGAUGGAUGUGGGCGCGGGAAAUGGAAUUCUCUCACUCUUUGCGAUCCAAGCUGGUGCGCGCCUUGUGUAUGCUGUCGAAGCCUCGAAUGUGGCUGAGAACCUGCGCCACUUGGUCAGGGCAGCGCGUGAGGAAGACGAGGAAGGCGUGACUGAUAAACAAGACGACAUCAACGAGAAAAAUGAGUCCAGUGAGUAUGGAGCGAAUGCCUGGAUUCGUCAUAAGCUUGCUGUGGUGCACUCCCGUGUAGAAGAUUUGACGCCCAGCAAGCUUGUCGAAUGUACUCCAGCCAAUGCAGAUGUGGACGAAUUUGUGCGUGUGGAUACCAUUGUGUCAGAAUGUCUGGGCGUUCUUCUCGUCCAUGAGCGUAUGUGUGAAACGUUCCUCGAGGCACGCGAUCGCUUCCUCCGUCCUGAUGGUGCUAUGUUUCCUCGCGUCGGUAUCCUGUGUUUCUCACUGCUGAACGACCCACGUAUGUGGCAAGAAGUUCGCGCGCGCGGCGAAUGGUGGAACACAGACAACUUUUAUGGUGUAGAUCUCACACCGUUCGUCAAAGCUGCGCGUGCCGAGGCCUAUUCAAGUCCUGUCGUGGGAUGUUUCUCACCCACCCACAUUAUUGGUACAACUCCAGACGGCGCCAAUGCUGACAGCGCGGUGUGUCGAUACAUGAUUGAUUUCAGCACAAUCAGUCAAAAUGAGUUGCGUGAGUUUCACGUGCCACUUGGCUUCGACUGCGUUGACGAGGCUGUCGUGGUGCAUGGUCUGGGUGCCUGGUUUGACUUGAACUUCCUUCAGUCGGAUGAACACGCCUUGGUGUCGGACUCCAUUUCGACCUACAUGACAACGAGUCCCUUUGCUCCCCCGACACAUUGGGCGCAAGUGCGCCUGUACUUCCCCGAGCCACUCGCUCUGAAUGCGGGCCAAAAGGUGUUUGGCACAUUGCACUUUUGUGUGAAUGCGAGCCGAUCCUACGAUAUUACGGCAGAUGUGUACGUGCCCUACGAUGAUGAUGCUGGUCCGGAAAAGGCAUUGUAUCGUCGCCGUGCUUUCUGGAAACUCGAUAAACAGACAUACUCCUGGGAAACAUUGUAA